AUGAUACACGGCGACCGUGGCGUGCAAGAGAGGGGGGGUAAGGAUGUUUCACGAUAUAGCGAGGACGCUGCGCGGACGGGAUGGAUGGUGAAGAUGGCAAGAAAGAUGCAAGACUUGCAAGUUGCUCUGAGCUAUGACUCGACUAUCACAGACCUAGCCUGUCUCUUGCAGCUCCGGAGACACUACCGCACUGCGCCCGUGUGGCAGAGGCUGAGCGGACGUGAGCGAAAAGUCACCAUCGAAGCGGGUUGGGGGCGGUUUCCAACCCCAUCCAAGCGUGGUGGAGCAAGGCGGCUGAAAGCAAAGCUAACCUGCGCCGUGCGCACUGUGCCAGGGGAGGGGAGGCUCUCGUCGUAG